AGUCGUCCGUCGGGGCAGUAUAGACGUGUAUGGUCAAAUCGCGAAAAAGUCUGCGAAACAGCUCUUUACUCGGUCUCAUGAAAUAUGGAAUGGAGUGAAACGAGUUUUUGAAUAAAAUAAAACGAAAUAGUCAAUGCAGUGUAAAUAAUUUUUCUGAAAUGAUUCGGUGUCGCAAGAAGUACCAUUCAGUAUACGAAUGAAGUUAAUAACAAAAGGUGCACUAUCGAUUAGUACUGCGAUAUGAGGCUAAAUUUCUAUCAAUUUCACCGGUUGGAUUAAUGUAUUUUGGAAAGCAAUUCAUCAUAAGGAAAAACGCUUGUAAUCUAUGCUAUAAAUCGAAAACAAAACUGAUGCACAUUGCAGCCUGUUUGAAAGUUUCAUCGUAAAAUGUUACGAUUUUAAUCUAAAUAACUAAAAUGUGAAAAAGAACUGAUUAAAACCAGACUAUUUUCGUAAAUAUGAUGACAAUUUUAAAACCAAUCAAGAAAACAUUGCGGAAUAAGUUGGCCUAUUUCUCAUAAGAUGCUUCAACCAAGGUCAAGUUUUUAUUUCAAUUACUUGAAAUAAAAAUAUUCAAAAAAUAACGGUAACGCAACCAGCGUUUUGGUGAUUCAUCCAAUCAACAAAGAGGAAAACUAACCAGACAAAAAGACGCCGUAUGUACGAGCAAAUUAAACUGAAUGAAGCAGAUGGAAAAUCGAAAUGGAAAGUGCAUAAAAGAGUGAAUAUGUAACCCGUAGUCUUGAAAAAGGUUGAAAAUUAGAACCAAUCAAUUAUCACGCCGAGUGAUUGCCAAUGUAGUGUAUGUGAAAAAGUGAAACCAUCAAAAUAAUCGAAAUGCACUUUAGCCCAGUUGUAUAGUACAGUGAAUAGUGCGCGAGGUGUAAACAAAUAUAUAUUGUAGAAAUUGGAAUUGAAAUUACUAAAAAAAUAGUGUAAAACAGAAAGUUGGUUGCACAUAGCCGCCCAUAAAAUAGUGAGUGCUGUGUUGGUUCGUUGUUGGGAGUGAAAAUGUAUCGACCAAAUUUCUACGAGUCAACGUGUUUGCGAUGCAGCGAGAUCGUCUACCAGGUGGACCGCGUGGGCCCACUCAAGGAUUUUACCUUCUUUCAUUCUGGUUGCUUCAAGUGUAAAAAGUGUGGAACCAAGCUGACACUGAAAACUUACUACAACAACCAGCACAAUCAAGAUGAUAAAGAGGUCUACUGCUGCUCACAUGUGCCAAAGAGUGGUCCGGGACAUUUCGAUCAAACAUCGGUGGGCAUCCGUCAAGCAUUGAAUGUACCGAAGAGCACAAACUACGUAAAUGAGCAGAUACGGGGUCAUCGGAACGAUAGCAUCGACGGCCUCCAACGGCAAAUGACGCCGAAUGGUUUCAACGGAGUUCGUGAAGGCAAUUCACCGCCACAGACUGAUCCCGAUUACAAGUAUGGACGCUUCGAUGCCAGCGCCUUACACAUUGCCCACGCGCUUAAGCAGACGGAAAUUCAGAAGGCGUACGACAAGCUGCGAGAGAAGCCGAUCGAUUAUUAUUUGGCUCGAGAAGAACAGGCCAAGCUAGAAAUGAAACAUCGAAAGGAAGAAGAUGACCUGUAUAGAAGAUUCGCAAGGAAACGUGAAGAAGAAGACAAGCGUAUGCAGACUGAAUUCCAGGAUGAAUGGGAACGAGAACUUCAAAGAUUGGCACACAAAUUUGAGAAAGAGAUGACUACCUCAAGACGUACCCGGGAAGAUCAAAGUAUAUUAACUUUAAAGCACGAGCAACAGAAGGAAGACCUAGAGAAGAACAUGACAAUUCGCAAGACAAAGAAAAAGGAAAGCCUUACGCGAAAACUGCUCGAACAUGAACGUUCGGAAACUGCAGCGCUAGUAGAUCGCCAGUCAAGCGAGAUGCUAGAACUAAUCAGUGCUCGUCGCAGUGAGUACAUGCAAACUGAAAGUAUAUUUCUCGACGAUGAGUUCACCGAAAGCACAGUACCUCUGGAAUAUCCUCUGGUUGCUCCAAAGCCAGCUCCACCAGCGCUUAGUAAAUUCCAAAUUUAUAACGACCCGAUCGAGUUCCAAGACGUGGAUCAGAUCGCUAUCACAGUUGCUCAAGAAGACCAAAAAACCUUCACAGAUCUUGUGCGUCAGCUUGUUGGCCGAUGUACCUCUGAUAUAGAGAAAGCUCGCACCAUUUUUAGAUGGAUUACCGUGAAAAAUCUAAACACCAUGACUUUUGACGACGACCUACGUGGUGAUACUCCAAUGGGAUUAUUACGCGGUAUCAAAUACGGUACGGAAAGUUACCACGUUCUGUUCAAACGACUCUGCAGCUACGCAGGUCUUCAUUGUGUAGUUAUUAAGGGAUACUCAAAGAGUGCAGGUUAUCAACCUGGAGUCAAAUUCCAAGAUUCGAGUCACCCAAAAAAUUCUAGGUUCCGAAACUCUUGGAACGCGGUAUAUGUUGCAGGUGCGUGGCGUUUUGUACAGUGCAACUGGGGUGCUCGCCAUCUGGUCAACGCAAAAGAAGCUCCUAAGAGUGGCAAGGGUAAAAACGACAGUUUGCGUUAUGAAUACGAUGACCACUAUUUCCUAACGGAUCCACGCGAGUUCAUCUAUGAGUUCUUCCCUCUUCAAGAAGAAUGGCAGCUACUCAAACGGCCUAUAACGUUGGGUGAAUUUGAAAAUCUUCCUUUUGUCAGGUCGCUGUUCUUCCGAUACGGUCUCCAUUUCGCCGAUGAAGGAUACGGAGCUGUUGUAUUCACUGAUGAUACAGGCGCUGCAACAGUAAGGAUAGCAAUGCCUUCUGAUAUGCAAGGCUGUUUGAUAUUCCAUUACAACCUCAAGUUCUACGAUAGUGAAGAGGAUUCGUACGACGGAGUAUCUUUGAAGCGCUUCGUUAUGCAGUCAGUUAUUAGCAACAUCGUAGCUUUCCGUGUCCACGCACCAUGUUCGGGAGCCUUCUUGCUGGAUAUUUUCGCCAACGCGGUCACACCUCAAGAGUACCUGACUGGAGAACCGAUGAAGUUUAAAAGUGUUUGCAAAUUCAAGAUUUGCUGCGAAGAACUUCAAACAGUAAUGGUUCCACUUCCAGACUGUGCAAGUGGCGAAUGGGGUCCAACCAAGGCUACGAGACUCUUUGGACUGAUACCAAUUACACAUCAAGAGCCACUUAUUUUUUCCGGACGAGCUAUUGAAUUACAAUUUCGAAUGUCUCGACCUCUAACAGAUUUUAUGGCAACCCUACACAAAAAUGGAAUCGAAGAGAAAAAGCUUUCAAAAUAUGUACAACACAGUGUUGUAGGUGAUACAGUUACGUUCAAUAUCAGCUUUCCACAAGAGGGUCAGUAUGGUCUGGACAUCUACACGAGAGAGGUGGGAUCAAUAACGAACAAUAACAACUCGCCAAAUGAGAAACACUUGCUAACGCAUUGUUGCAAAUAUUUAAUAAAUUCAUCGAAAAGAAACUGAGCUUGACAACAGAGUCGGUUUGAAGCUUGUUGGUAGUUCGUUACUGUCGUGAAUAUAUUUGUUAUUUGUUUUCUGUAAAUAUAGUUUGUAGAGAAUGUUCACCACAAAAUCAGAAUGGUUUUAAUUUAAUUAAUUUUAUCAUGUGUAUUUAUUACCACAAGAUCUUAACGGUACGCUACACACUUCAUUUGUUCAAAACACACAAAUGUAAAUAAAAAAACGUUUUUCGAUUAAAAAUACAAUAAACAAAUAUUAGUUUCACCGCUGCAA